CCUUGGGCCACCCGCCUCCGUCUGUCCGCCAAAUUAAAUUUUCCGCCAUGUCGAGCAGGACUGCCCUAUUUGGAAGGACUCAACAAUCCCAAACACGACAUUUGCUGCAAUUUAAGGCAGGCAAAAUGACGAUCGGGGAUGAUAACUGGGUUCAUGCUGACCCUCGAAAGGGAUGGGUGUAUGUUUACCAGUCCGGAGAUGGAAAGUUACACUUUUGCUGGAUUGAUCGCAAGACAUUUCUUGUUGAAGAUAACUUCGUCAUUAAUGCUAAACAAGCCGAGUUUAAAAAGAUUCCACAGUGUACAACGGGUAGAGUUUACCUUCUAAAGUUCAAAGGCCCUAAACAUUUUUUUAUCUGGAUGCAAGAGCCCAACGGAAAAAAUGAUAGUGACAUUUGUACAAGAAUAAAUGACUACAUUAGAUCUCCACCUGCACAAACUACAGCAUUGUCAAGUGAUUGGCUCACUCGUUUCGAAAGUCUUAAUCAACUUUCUCACAGCGACAUUCUGGCCUUGUUGUCAAUGGGGGUAGGGCUUGGGAGUGGACUGUCUUCGGAAUCUGAUGUAUCAUCUGCUCAGGCAACUGCUGUGACAAUCGGGCGUCAUUUAAAUACUGGGCAUCUAGAUGAUUCAAGUGCAUCUGCAUCUAUCGUUGGGACCACUGGUGCCACUGCAUCUUCGGGAACUGCACCUACCACCGGUAGCACUCCUCGUCCGUCUACAAUCGACAAACGACCGGAAGGUGGAAAAAUACAACUUCAGGACUUGCGAAAUAUCCUUUCAUCUAUUUCUACUGGAAUACGAAAUUCGUCAAAUAAUACAAAGGUAGAAUUAAACGAUGUCUUAAACGUAGAUAACUUACAUUCCCUUUUGAAUAAACCGGAAAUUCAAGAAAGAUUGUUACCUCACCUUCCUCCUCUUGAUCCCGAAUCCACGAGUACAAAUGACUUGGAAAAUCUUACUACUAAUAUUCAGUCAUCUCAAUUCAAAACUACUUUGAAAUCCUUCUCAGCUGCUUUUCAAACAGGUGAACUGGCUCCUGUUUUGGCUCAAUUCAAUCUGGGUAUAAAAGCUGAUGAAGCUGCAAGACAAGGUGACCUGGUGGCGUUUUCAAAUGCACUGCAAGAAAAAACGAUUGACGCAACCGCUCAACCCCCAAAUGAAAAUUGUUCAAGUGUCACUCAAAGUGGAACUUCUCAGGAAUCGUUAAAAGCAAAAUCAGACAAUGAAAAGGAGAAGAAAGCCACUACAGAUACUCAAAUUGACAAAAAGGAUGAAUCUUUUGACGACAAUAAAAUGGACACGGAUUGACCGAUGUCAAAACUGUAUUAACUAAAACUUUAUUAUAUAUACUCAUUAAAUUAUGUUAAACUGACUGCCUGUGGUUGAUUAAAAAUGAACAUACACCUAGUAAGAAUAUUUUGGUAUGCUUACGCCGACAAACAAGAACCCAUUUAGCCUUAUCACUGUCAGAUUAGUUGUCUGAUGUUUGUUACUACGUAUGUAUUCAGAGCAUCCAUAUAUUCCGUUUUUUCUACAUUAUUUACAAAACUAGUUUUUGAAUAAAAAUAAAAUUGAAGGCCAAUGUCUGUGA